CAAUAACGAUAACUCUGAACCCGGAAGUGGAGUUUACUGCAGUACACACAUAUCUUUUAAAGAUAUUAAAAAGAUACUGAGGAUCGCAAACGUAUACUAUGAUAGAAUUUUAAGAAAUGGAACUGUUACUAUAGUACGUGAUCUGGGGUAUUGAGACAUAGGAAAGAUGUUUGGAGCAGACGCAGCCCAGGUCUCCAUGCUGGAAAGUGAUGGUCUACGAUAUGAAACAAGGCAGCGAGACACAUUCGAUUAUCUGUUUCCUAAGUUUACCCAUCAAUCACCAUGGCAACAGACUGGACAACAUAGAAACAAACUGCUUCUAGAGGACUUCAUCCUUAUAGCAGAAUUUUCUGAACAAGAGGGACCCAGACCAGUGAUUGUCAUUCCUAAGGAUGGUGGACAGAACUUUGACCAGAAUGAAUUUUCUGUGAAAAUACUAGCUGUAGAUCACCAGUCCUCCAUUGUUGAAGGGGUUGAAAUGACGGAGGAUGCACAGGUUGUCAUGUCAGAUCCUGAUACAGAUACACAUGCAUUUAUUCACCAUAUUGUUUUGAAUGACAUCCAGGCUCGUGGAUAUGUUAGACCGUUUUGUAUCAGUUACGUUACAUCAGACCCACUAAAAAUAAUGAAGUGCUAUGAAGAGAUAUCCUCCCAGAUGAAAAAGGUUGCUAGACUGAUGAAGUAUGGAAACCGCCUGGUGUUUAUGAGGGAUCUGGAGAAACAUCAAGAAGAUCUCAGCUAUACAAAAGCCCACCUGCUGUUGUCCCAGAAUAGAAGCCAGGUUUCAGCACAAGGUGACAGCGACCUACUCAAUGCCCUAAAUACACUGCGACAAUGUAUGGAAGAGGUCAAGGACAUUCUCUCUAACCUCAAACCUCUUCUACAGGUUGACGCAGAGUUGUCGGAGAGAUUUCAGUUUUACGAGAGAGAACUUAGAAGUCAUAGACACAAGGGAGAUAUUGAUUCUGACUCGUCAAGUCUCAAAGAUUUUGAAAGUAAAGAUGACGUUCAUUACACUGACUGCCAUCUUUCUGGUUCCUUGACUGACAGAACAACAGAGUUUAGUUUGUUCAGUAAAGUUAAAGAUCAAAAGCCUAAAAUUCUGGAUGUAAGCACAAUACGUGGUAAGCGUAGAUUUGAUCGUUCAUUACGUGGCCUACAUGAACUGUGUUCCUGGGGUACUAAAGAAGGUCUGCAGAAGCUAAGAGCAUUUAGAGAGUUUCUGAAGAGAGAUUUGGCUAGUAUAUAUGUGGAUGAACUGGAUAUGUCAGCUCUCAUUCCUGAAAGUGGGGUGCUUUGUUUUAGUAACAAUACAGUUGGUGCUAAUUUUCUGUCAACUUCAGGCAGUAUUAAAAAUUCAUGUUGUGUGAAGAGGAAAGUAUCAGAGGUGACCUUCCAUCAUGCUGGCUUAACAUCGCUUGGGUCGGUGGAAAGUUUCAAGUCCCUGUCUUCCUCCUUCCAGUCGUUUUAUGAUGAUGACACGAUGUAUUCUGCUAACUCCAGUAUGGUAGACACUUCUGUCAGCAGCUCUGCUUUAGACAGGCAGAUAUCUGAGAUAUCAGGAGCCCCAGAAAGCUCGGAUGGGGGUGCAGAAGAUUUGAUGUUCCCCAAUGACAAUUCCUUUGAUACAAAUAAUUACCUUGACCUAUCGGCUGAAGACUGGAACAGUUCACUCCUUAAUACUUUAAAAGCAGGUGAAGUAGAGUUUGAUAGUAAAGGUAAAGCAGUGGUUGAACAAAAUUCCAAAAGUGAUUCAUUGGCCAAUACACACAAUGCUAAAGAGGAGCUGCCUCUGAAGAAAGACAGGAGUGAUACUGCUAACUCUGAUUUUGACAACAUUGAUAUCGAUAAAGAUUUGAAAUGUACUGCCAGAGGCUGUGCCUGUGAAAAGAAAAUUAAAUCAUUGCCAGUAGAUCAUAGCAAGUGCAAUAUAGAACAAAAUGGUGCUAACAUUGCUGUAUUAGAAACUCAGUGUGUUCUGAAAGAUGAAAUUAAAGAAGAGUGCAAUGAUAACUCAGAAGAGAGUAAAAACAAUGUGUUCAAUACCAAGAAACCAAACAGUUUGGAUUUGGAGGCUAAUAAUGGUGCUGAUGAUUUAACUGUGAUGGUAGAAGAUGUUAGUGAAGAUAACGGUGAUAUAACUCCUGUGAUGACUGAAAGCAGUUCAACACAUUGUGAUCAAUUUUCUGUGAUAACUGAUACUGACAAUCCUAGUGCUGAAAAGGAUAAAACAAACCAAGAGGGAAACAAGUUGGAUGAUGUAAAUAUUGUUAGUGAGUUAAGAGUGGACAAUGAUGUUGAAAGUAAAGGUAACUUUAAAGACAAAAAUAAGGUUGAUAAUGUAAAUGUCAUGGAAUCUUUGUUAUCAGGUGAUAAACAACCAUUAGAAAUCAAUUCUGAUCAGACUGAACAGGAUAUAGGUAUAGUUUGUGAAAGUGACAUGAAAGAAAAUGAUGUUAAACAAAAAACAGCAAAGUCUAUUGUAAGCUCAGAUAGUGGUUUUGAUAUGGAAAACGUACAUGAAAAGCAGACCAGUCUAGACUUUGGAAGUGUAAGUGAUAGACAAUCAGAAAUAGAUUUCAGUGAGAAUGACAGGUAUUCUGGAUCAGGCUUUGGUCAUGGUCAUGACAGACAUGGGUUCAGUAUUCAUCGUGACAUUAGCCAAGCUAUAGGCACUGCUGAUAAAACCUUGGGCAUGGAGGCAAAGAAAAGAAAGUGGAAAUUCAUGCAUCCAUUUAAAAAUUUACUGGAUGGAGAUUGUUCUGUUGGUCAGUCCUUACAGAAGGUAAUGGGUGGUUACAACAAUCUACAGCAUAUUGUGUACAGUCUGUUGUCAGGGAGACCUGUUGUUGUCUUGGGAACCAGACGACAGGAAGUAGCUGUUAGAGAACUUAUUCAGGCAAUGUCUAUGUUUGUGCCAUAUACACCAAGGUCGAGUUCAGUGGGUUUGUUAUGCCAGAUAAAACAGUUAAAGAUGUCGGACAUACACAGGUUCCAGCUGAGAGGUGUGAUCAGAUCUGACAAACGUUCAGUAGACUACAUGGUGCCGAAAUCUGUCAGGAGGUAUGUGACCUUGAUAGAUCUAGAGAAGAGCAUUAUGUACUGUCAACCUUACCAGGGUAUUUUACUGAACUUCAUCACAUCUGUCCACAACAAAAAGAAAACAUUCAAGUCUGAGGCUGCCAUCCUGACGUAUGUUCAGCUGUGUUUACAGGAGAUAUCUACCAAAGCUUUCAGUUUCUAUCAUGCUGUCACCUCCAGUAAUGAGGAUAUAGACUUCAGUGGAGCAUCUUUGCCUCACAGGAGUUCCAUGCUUGAACUGACUUUGGAGAAGUACUUAAACAGAGCUGGAAUCCACAACUCAGAUUGUAGGAUUAUAAAGUACUUGACAGAGAUAGUGAAACUACAGCAGAUUGAAGAGGAAUUCAGAAGCAAGUAUCUUACAGAUGCACCAGCAUAUCCAUUCAGUGUAACACACCAGUCUAUACAGACCUACAGACUGUGAUCAUAACCAUCUGUUAUACAUUGAAAUCAUAUAGUAAAAACCAGUAUACUAGUCUUAACAAAUUUGCAGUCAACUGUGAUAGAUCAAAUGCAGGAAAUACAUGUACCAGUCAAUGUACACACAGACUACUGGAAUAGAAUGUAAAAACUCAGUUUAUAAAAUACAGUGUACCAGACUGGAAAAACUUUGUAUGUAAUAGAAUAUAUACAUGUGAACAAGUCCGUGGAAUACAGUAUACAAGUCUGUGCAGACUUGCAGUCAUCUGUGAUAAAAUGUGACCAAGAGAAUUCCGUGGAAUAGAGAACACAAACGUGGACUGGUCUACAAACUGUUUUUAGUAAUCCUCUGCAAAUGUGAAACUAAUCAAAACCAUGAAUUACCAUACUGGACUGUGUACAGAUCUGCAGACUAUCGCUUUUGGUGUCUGUAAUAGUAUGUGAUUAAAUCUAUAAAAUACCGUUUACAUUGUAUAAAAAAAAGAUGUGCAAUUAUCAAAUUAGAAGGUGUUCAACUCAUACAAUACAGUGCGCCAGUCUGUACUGGCUAACAUUUUCUGUAACAGGUUGUUACCAAAGCUAUAAAUACAGUCUGUACACCUACAGACUAUGGCCAUAAUUGUCUGUGAUAGAAUGUGAAUUUAAUCAAAGAAUAAACAAAUGCAUAGAAUAGUCUGUUAGAACCCAGGUGUGCCUCCAACCAUUAUUUCAUCACAGGCAGGCACCUGGGUAGCACCGCUUCCUCACUGCAUAGAGCAAAGUCUCAUUUAGUCCUGUGUCAGAAGGUGAGAGGUUAUCAUGAUUACACUAACUGAAGCCAGUUUUUAAUCUCAGUAAUUUGAUAUGAUGAAACUGGAUAUUAUUGGAUUAGCGCACCUUAAAAAAGCACAUUGUUCAUUGUGAAAUAAAGAAAUAUGAAUUUUAAUCCGGCAAUCCAAAACAGACAAAUCGUCUCCUGCUAUUUGGUAUUAAAAAACAUGUUUUCUGUAGAAUUUUUAGACAAAAUAAAG